AUGCCUAUUUCUUCUAAAUUUAAUAAAAAGCAUGACUAAUUAAUGAUAACUUCAUUUAAUGAUGGAAGUCUUGGAUUAUAUAGAGUAAGUUCUGUAAGUUCAGCGCCUAUAUCUACAUAAUCAGCUUAAAGGUAAUUUUUUUUGAUAAAAAAAAAAUAAUUAACUUUUUAAUAUAUAUAUAUAUAUAUAUAUAGAGAAGAAGAUGGUUUAAUAAAAAUAUAUGACGAACAUGAAAAUACUGUAUAUAGUGUAGCUUGGUCUUCUUGCUCUGCAUGGAAUUUCGCUAGUAUUUCUUAUUAUGGGAGUGUUAUUGUUAAUGUUGUACCUUCUUUAGUAAAACAUCGUAUUCUUUAUUGA